UAUUUCUAAUACAUUAAGUAUAUUAUUUUACAUCAGAACUGUGCAAAAUUUAAUGUAGCCUAUAUUAUAAAAUAUAUAUAUUUAAUUGUAUGAAAUUAGUUUACUACAUAACAAUUGAAGAAAACGAUACACCGUAAAUGUGCUUAUUGAGUUUUGUCACUUUUAUAACAUAAUUCGUAUGAUAAUAUUAUUUUUUUCCAGAAAAUAAAUAAAACAUAAGUUGUGUUGUAAAAAGUAUUGAUAGAAUUACAUAUUUAGUAUUUUUUUUCUAAGUUAAUUCAUUGGAGUGCUGCGCCUAGCUUACUUCGUUGAAUUGCUAGUGGCAAAGAGCGGUGGUGGAUGUUUUUUCAAGAGUUUGACCGUAUUUUAUGACCCCAGCUGUGAGAGGGUGUUCGUCCCAGAAAUCCUAACGGUCAAGGAAAAUAGCCUUUCUCUGUAGUCACGUACGGGUCUGCUACUCGCUUAAUAUCGUCAGUUUAUCACAACUUUCCGGGAAGUUCUAUUGUUGUUAUUUAUUUAUAAUUUAGAAAUUAAAGAGUCGAUCAUACUAAUAUUUUUACCUAAGCAAAUCGCAUCCUGGAAGAUUUUUAUCUACGUUUGCAGCAAAAAUCACUUGCAGUUAGAAAACUUUUAUUCUUUCAGAGUAAAAUUCAGUCUGGAAUUACCAUACAUUAAAAACCUUAGUUUUCUGGAGCAAAAAACGUCCCAGCACAAGCGACUUUAACACUGCUGCACACACACUACGCAGCUUGAAAUACAUCAGUGGUCAGACUAUUGUACCAGACACUCAAAAUAUACACAUUUAAACCUUACAAAAAAAACACAGACAAUAUUUAUGAAGUGAUUUUUACGCUACGCUCAACAUAUUUAUGUAACAUGUAGUCAAAUUUCUAUAAAAAAUAUAUAUUUCUUACCUUUCAUGAUUAAAAUUACCAAUUUAAUAAUAGGACGUUUAAACUUUGAGGUGUUUAUCACAGUUACCAUGUAGGACAUUAUUUUAUAUUACUUUGGUGCCAUAAUGAGAACCGGCUUAAAAAAGUAUUAAAGUUAUUAAAUUUACGAAACAUUUUUGUGGAUCAUUGUAGAAAUUAUCAUUAAGGACUCAACUGCUCAUUAUUGGUGUGAUCACAAGGUUUCAUCGGUAAACUUUUGACGUGUUACUAUGAAAUGUUCAUUCUACUACUGUACAAAAUUUUUGCUUUGGGAUAAUUUUCCAUGUAUUAAAAAUUUUUGUUUCUUAACAGCGAAAUUCGUUCCGACCCAAGCCUACUUCGACAACCUCGCAGUAGUAUACACUACGCGGCUCGGAUCGCUUUAGUGGUCAGACUAAUUGUAUGAGACACUUAAAAAAUAUACCAAUUUAAAGAUGAAUAAAUAUGCAACAACGUUUACUCUAAGCGAUUUCCACGUUGGGCUCUUUAAUUUUAUGUAAGAUGUAUUUAUAUUUCCUUAAAAUUGAAUGAAAGUGAAUUCGUUAACUUUAAUGAUUUAAAAGGUCUAUUUUAUAGAAACAUGUUUAAACUUUGUGCUUUUUAUCAGUAUCCUCAGAUGGGGCAAUGUUUCUAGAUUAUUUUGGGUUCCAUACUGACGGUCUACUCCAUAAACUGCAUUUGCAAUAUCCAUUAUUGAGGAUCGUUGCAAAAAAUUGUCAUUUUGGACUUAACUGCUAGUUUUUGGUGUGACGCACAAGGUUUGCGGCAGUACUUAAACUUUUGUCGUGUUACUAAGAAAUGUUAAUUCUACUACUGUACAAAUUUUCGGCUUUGGGAUAAUUUUCCAUGUAUUAAAAACCUUUGUUUCUUCACAGCGAAAUUCGUCCCGACCCGAGCCUACAUCGGCAACCUCGCAGUAGUAUACACUACGCGGCUCGGAUCUCUUUAGUGAUCAGACACAUUGUACCAGGCUCUCAACAAAUAAACUAAUUUAAAAUUUAAGAACUAAAUCGUGAUCGUAAAAUGGCCGCCAUGGUGAUUUGCGAAUUUAUGGAGAAAUAAAAGCAGUUAAAAUUUUAUGUAGUUUCCAAGAGACAUUAUUACAUCACCAAUCAUCUAAAAUAACAGGUUUACAAAAUUUCAACAUAUUCAAUAACUAGUCAGUUUUUUCAAAUGUGUUAGAAUUAACAAUCUGGACCAUAUCUAGUCGGUGAGGUCUGUAUUGUUACAGACUAUCUGUAUUCUGGUAUUUGGAUUUUGAAGCUACUUAAUGAUUCGCUUUCAAUGUCUAUUAAAAUAUACCUAAUGCUAAUUGCAGGAAUAUUUCUACUCGAUUUCAAAAUUAUAAUUCCUGAAAAUUUGUAGCGGACACAUUUCAAUGUAACACUUAUUGAUUUUCGAGUUAUGUUGAAGUUUCACAUGUCACUUCGUGUACACGAGAUGGCCCCUGCUCUGUUAGCAAUGAGUCAUCACAACCGGUGCCGUCUGUACGAGCGUCUUCACAAGUUAUCCUGAAAUAUGUUCUUAAAUAAUAAUUCAAGUGAAUUCUUAAAAUCCUACACACCUUAUCUUAAGUGUCGUAAAUAAAUCGUUAUAUUUUGUAAAUCCAUAUAAUAUAGGAGCCAACAUGGCGCGAAGCGAUGGACGCGAUACGAAUAAUAUUUUUUUUACCAACCACUACAUCAGUAAAUAUUUGUCGUUUCCAUUCGCUAUGAAUUCAAGCAUGUAACAUGUGUACUGCUUCUUCAAUUCGGCCACAGUUAAAUGGGAGGCUCUGAAUCACUGAAAACUCCUCAACCAAAUCAACGAUGAAUCACAGGCAUUACAACAAACAGUUGUCACAAGUCAAGUAGCCAAUGAGCAGGUGACAUUUUUCGAGUCCGUAGAGGAUUGUUGAGACUAUCCUACAGGUCAAUGGCAACGCGCCCUUACGCGCAUGGUUAAUACCCCGCAUGAGUAGAGUGUAAAGGCGUAAGCCUGGGACACAUCUAGGUCCUCAUCUAACCGCGCACACUUAGAUUUAACUCAGGAUAGGGUGAAAAAUAUUUACUAAUUUUGCAGUCCUAACAGUCACCAACGAAUAGCCAGCAAAAUACAUAAAUAAGCUCACGAAUAUUGUUCGUGAAUGAAGGCGAUGCUGAUACUUUGGAAACGUUACCAGCAGAUAUUAAAUUAUGUUUAACUAUUAUUAACGUUGCUUACUUCUUAAAACUGCAUUCAUGUAAACUGAUUUUGUGUGAGACUAUGUUGAGUGUUUUCUGCUACACUUAGUUUUCUGAAAAAAGUAUAUUGUGGCUUAAUAAACUUGUUAACAUUGAUGCCUGUCAUAAAAAAAUCAAACGUAAUAAUACGGAUACAUGCUGAGUAUAGUUUAUGAAUGGUUCACGCAUUGCUGAAAAAAAAACAUGUUUACAAUUUUACACAUCUUUUUGUUGUCGCAUCGUGUCCAUCGCGUUGUACAUACGCAACUCUGAAAAAUAAAUAUAUGGUAAAAAAAAGCUAUAAUAAAAUAAUCUCUUAUUUUUUAAAUUCCUUUUUCGAAGCGCUCUAAUGGCUUUCGAUAGUUUUGUUAUUUUGUGUACUCUGCUUGGUGGAGGUUUCUUCUGCAUUUUAUUCCUGAAUAAAUCUUACGCUUGCAACAAAAAACAUCUAGCUAAAUCUCUGUGCUAAAUAAUAACAGAGAAUAACCAUUCAAUUAUACGCCGAGCUAAACCAAACACGUUCUCUUAUCUACUGAAAAUGAGUACGUUGACCUUCAUAUCAGUUUCCCGCGAAAUCCCGUCUCUUCGUAAACAGCAGACAGCUGUGGCAGAGUGGGAACGAGCUGCAAAAAGUUUGGAAAACUGUCGCAAGGUGUCACUACUGUCCAGCGCGCUCCAUAAUUCCUCGUAUCCGAGCUUGCACGCUGCUCAAAUUUCUACAGCUACGUUUUUACUUUAGGUCCGACUGCAAUAAGCUAAAGACUAAAAUAAAGUCAAUCAUUCAGCCGACAUAUAUGUAGGCGUUUGAAUUACAAAUGAAAACGCGAAUGUUAUUAAAUUCGCAAAUGAAUAUCACGCAAUUUCGUAGCAGCUCAGUUAUUAAAAUUCAAAUUGUAAUUACGUUAAAUUAAUAAUGAUUACAGAUAAAAUAAUGGUCACAGUCAUAUCUCCCGUGUCUGAAAAUUUAUCUGCGAAAGUUUUACCACUGAAAUCUUUAUAGUUUUUUUAAUAAAGCUUGAAUUAAAAAAAUUCCCGAAAAUCAGCAAUAACUUAAUUAAAAUAAAAAAAUGAAAAAAUAAAUUUUACACCAGAAUGGUUCAAAUCUUCUCUAGCAGCUGAAUCAUUAACAAAUAUAUUGUUUUUUUUAAUACGAUGCUGGUGCACCAAUCCCCUUAAGGAUGUUCAAGUGUGAAAAAUUAAUAAUUUUUUAUUGGUUUGAAAUAAUGCUAGUUUUGUAGACGAUUCUUGUGAGUUUAAUUUCAUCUCGCGAUAUAUUUUUAGCUUGCAUAGUUUUCCCAUAAUGAUGUGUCAAAAUAAAAAUUUAAAUGUUGCUCGUUCAUACACCCUGCAAAAAUCAAAAUCAACUAACAUGUUGAAAUGAAAGAAUUCAUCGUGAAACUGCAUGAAAUGGGCUACAUCCUGUGGGAAAUAAAAAUUCAUAAGAAAACAUUAUUUACUUUUGAAAAAUUGUUAAAAAGUAUCAAAACAUUUUUAAAAUUUAAAACUUAUUUAACAAUAGAAGAAAAUAUAUUUCUGGUAGUAGUUAUUUCUGUUAGGAUAUAGCCCAUUUAAUGAAGUUUCACCGUGAAUUAUGUAUUUUCAAUACUUUUCUUCUUUUUAGCGGGGUGUAUAAAUGUGCAACAUGCAAAUUUAGACUUUGGCAUGUUUCUAUGCGAAAACUAUCCCAGCGAAAGAUAUAUAGCGAGAAAAAUUCACACACACAAGUAUCGUAUACAAAACUAGCAUUAUUUCAAAGCAAUUAAAAUUUAUGCAUUUUUCACACUUGAACACCCUUAAACUCAUUGAGCGUAGACAUAUUAAUUAAUCAUGUGGUUGACUGGGUUGGUCACCAUUCUUUUACCUUUUACACGGCGCGAGUGAAUUCCACUUCGGGUUGCACUUUGUUAAGAAAAUAUUGACCUACAAAUUUUGGAAUAAAAUGAGGUAUCGGCUACUUUUUCGUGUAUUUUGAAAAUUUUUGUCAACAUUAAAAAUAUUUCACUGUGGUUUUAAGAAUUUUUGGUUAUGUAGCGCAUUACAAGUAAUUUAAUUGUGAAUUGUUCAAUUUAAGUAAGUCAAUAGUUUUUUUUUCCAUUUGUAUGGCACCAUAACAUGCAACAUUUAACUUUGACACACCGUUAUGAGAAAAUUGUGAAAGUUAAAAAAACUAAGAGGAAACUGUACUCACAUGUACUGUCUACAAAACUAACCCAAUUUCACCAAAAAAUUACAAAAUUAUCCGUUAAUAUCGAUUGGAAACACAUAAUCAGAUUGCUUCCGCUGUAACUCAACCAGAAAUAUAAUUUUAAAAAAUGAACCGUCAAACGAGAGAUUAAUGUCAAGACAAUAAGAUACGACCUCACAAGGGGGAAUUUAUAACUAUACAAAAUUUGUCCAUAGCAUCUGCAGAAAUUGUAACACAAGCACAGAUUAUUUGCAAAGGUGGUCAUUUUAUCAUUUACCAAGUGUUGGACAACGAUAGUGAAAGAAAAGGAUUAUUUAUGAAUAUUACACUUACCUUUCAGCAGCAUUAGUAGUACUAUUGCUGAUCAGCCUAUCUGCUUUCUUCUUUAAUGCAGCAGUUAAAUUUCGUAUAGGCUGCAUUAAUCCAGAUUUUUCAAGUUCAGGAACAAGAUUUUGUUCCCCACAUUCUUUCCUUUUACAAAAUGUUGGUCGACAAUCGUCGUGUUUACCAAACACAUGGUUUGGUGCAUUUCGCAAAUCACCUCUAAGGGUGUCUAUAGCUGUUUUCCCCUGCAGUUUACUUGCUUCUUUUAUGGCAGUUCGCACGUCUUUGACUAGCCUUUCAGUUCUUUAAAUGCCUUGUGCAGCUUUUAAAAUUUUUCUAGCUUCCAGUGGAUAUGAAGUAUUUGUUGCUAACUUGUUAAGGUUUUCGCAAAAGGCUCUUGUGGCAUGAUUUGCACACUCAAUUUUCGUCAUGUAGUGCCCAUAACUGCAUGACUGCUGAAUUGCUGCUAUAACUGCUGCAUCCCCGUCUCCUAUGUAAUGCUUGUAGACCAUGCUCUGGUUGAACCCUUCGCAUAUCAAAUCUUUCUCCAUGGCUGUGGAAGGACCGCAGGUCGAGCAUGGUUCUUUUCCUCGCCACCGUCAUAGCGACGACGCGUCGCCGGUAUGACGGCGGAGUUAUGACGGCCGCGUGAAAAUGCGAGCACGGAUCCCAUCGUCAUAUCUCUCCCGUCAUCGCUAAGGCGCCUUACCUACGACGGCUUGGCAAUCGAUAAUAUGCAGAGGUUGGCAGUGAAUUUACAGAAAGGAUGUGUAUUAUUUGGCAGUUGGUGUAUCUGCUAGCAAUUUACAGCCAAUAGAAAACUACCUACACGAAAACAAGAUUGUGGACAUUCAUAAACUUAGGCAUGUGUCUAUCGAAUUAUAUGUUUUCCACAACUAUAUUCAAUAUUUAUAUCAUUUUUCAUUGUACGCCUGUUGGUUUUCCGUAAAUAUAAGUUUUACAGACUAUUUUUUGCCCAGUAAAACACCCGUCACGUCUCUGUCUCAGAAUAUAAUAAAAUAAUUUUACAUAGCAAAGUCGUUUAUGAUUAUUAAAUAGUAUAUAAAAAGGUUGAGUAUAUUAGAAACUGUGAAGGUUUGUGGUUUUUAAUAGGACAAUAUUAUUUAGCGAUCUUAUAAAACGUGUUGCACGUUAUUAUUAAUUUUGUUUUCAAUGGUCAGUUGUUACUAUUUAAGAUCAUUAUGAUGAAAAAAAAAAAAAUUUAAAAACACUCUUGUGACUCGACGUGAAACAUUACAAUACUAGACCUGAUUUAAUCAUUAUUUGGUAAUUUUUGUCACCGUUCAAGUUAAUUUGCCGAUUUGAAGGUACCGAAACAACUAGGUGUGCUAUACGUCCCUUAAAGACUGUUAAAAAAAUACUACUGUUAUAUAUUUAAUUACAUUAUCCUUAGACUUGUUUAUAGCAUAUUUUCUAGUACACUGCAAGUUUUAUUCACACUAUUUUGUACCGUAGCAUAUGUACUGGAUGAAUACGCUGAUAAUAUUAUUUAUUUAGCAUCUUUCAAGCUUGAAACAAUAUAACACGAAGUCGGUGUUGUUAAUUAAAUGCCUGAAUAUAAUUUAUUAAGUAAAUUGUAGUUGACAGUAUUGUGUGUGCAGUUUAUAACAACCAGAAGAGUAGAGGAACUAAAAAUACCCUUUAACGGAAUUAUUUACUUUUCACACAAGCCGCUCCUCUCACAAAUUACGAUUUUCGUAUUAACUAUAAACACGAAACCCCUCAAUUCUACAUGAGACACUAUUAUUCCUACAUUGUUACCAUUUUAUCAUACUGAAAGUACUUGAGCGAAUCUUAGGUGAAUAAAAUACGUUUCAAUAUGCGAUACAGCAGGAGCAAACCUAGCCACCAACGAGGGUGGGGAGUAGGCCUAACCUAAAAGUCACUAAAUUAUGUGAGGAAAUGCUUUCUGUUUAAAAUGCGAUAAAACGAAGGUUUAAAAUAACUAUCAGACUACUAUGUAUUUAUCAGCGGCAUUCUUGUGUAUUUUCAACCUUAUCAACGCAUGUAUUUUAUUUUUACAAGUGAUUUUUUUUAUUACACAUAAGGAAGCUGAAGGGAAAAUUAGUUGUUUUUAGAAGUUUAAUAAACCACACGCUUAUAGGUGUUUUACACUUAACUUUUAUACAGAAUAAUUAACUAAUGUGAUGUUAUCUUCUAUCUUGUUGAAAUAUUACGUUAUUUUGUCUUGACCUUUAUUUUUUUUACUAUGUGAUAUGACAAAAGUAGGCAGAUUGGCAGUUUUUUUAGUAUGAUAUAUUUUGGUAAACUGAGUAUUGUGCAGUUAAAAAUAUCGAGAAAAAAAGAAUUAAUGUGUCUCAUUCACACGAAACAUAGAAACUAUUUAUUUAUGCGGCGUGAUUAUUAUCGGAAACAAGUUGUUUCGAAGUUUGUUCAGAGAAAAACAUAACCUUUUUUGAGAUACGUCGUAUAUAUCACAUAGGCCUACGUAAUUUAUGAGUAAAUAUAAUUGAGACAAAACCUUAAGUUUCACGAAAAUAUAUUAUUCAACUCAUUUGAAAGAAUUAUUUCCCAGUAUUAAAUGAAAGUUACGCACGUAGUCGGCAUUAUGACGGGGUUAUGACGGCUAUGACGGCCUUACGACGGGCAAACCAUUCCGCCUUACCUAUGACAGGCAUGUCAUAGCUAAGGCGUCUUACAGAAGGCGAAAAAAGAUCCAUGCUCGCUUUUAGAAGCGAAGCGUCAUACCGAUGACGCGUCAUCCCUAUGACGGGCGAAAAAGAGAACCAUGCUCGACCGGCUGGUAUGGUUUUUAUAGCAUACAUGAUCUGGGAUAGUUUUCUGCCUUGAUUUGGCCAUCGAACAAAUACUACAAUAUUUAUUUCUGAUGCCCAGGUAAAGUAUCUUCUGCGUCUCCAGUCCGAUAAGAAUAGCCUGCAAAGUAAUACAAAUGUACUGAAAUGGUCUAAUUAGUGUUAUAAAAAAAUUACAUUCAAAGAACUAGGUUACAAUGUGAGAUGAUUUGUGUUUUCUUUGGAUAACUAAAAACCACAUGUUUUUCAAAGAAGGUUAUUGUUUUAAGAAGCAGGUCAUGGUAUAAACUAUCAACAAUAUCAGUGUAUUUCACUUGAUAAUAAGUCAUUCUUAGUAAAUUGUGAUGUCUUUGGCGUUAAUAUUUUCAAAAAUAAAUCAAAUCUAAUGAAACAUUUUUUUAUAAAAGUUACUUAUUUGUUAAUAAUAACAAUUAAAAAGCAUUAUUUUCCCUUUUAAUUUCAAUGUAAAACUAGUCUUACAAUUUGAGUAUUACCGAAGCUAACGGAGCUUCUCAUCUCAUGACGUAGGCGAGACAUCAAAGAAUCAAGGGAUGAAACAUUUUUUUAUUCGCGUUAAAUGACGGCUUUGGCGUACAUAGCCAAUUGGUUUAGGUAAACUCGGAAGGCACCAGACUCUAAGCGACAAUAAGAACUACAGUGGAAGUACACGUUUGUAAACAGCUCUGCAUCCCGUGAAUGUGUCUACAUACACUGGGGUCAUUUCUGGAGUGGCAUGGCCUACGUAGUGCACGGCUCUGACACCUUUGCAAUCUAAGCUCCAAGGUUUUAGGGAAGAUUCUGUAUUUGUUUAUGAGAAUAGAAAUUUUGGCCACGUGUAGAGUCAAUACAGCCACUGCGCACCGGCCAAAAUAAUUUAGUUGGCUGAAUUUUGCUACCCCCAAUUUGGUUAUCUGUAACUAAGCAAUUUUUACGUAACCUACGGGACUAUCGUAUCGGUCCUUUCUAGUGUAGUAUUAUACCGCCACUGGCAGGCGCAUAUAGGGAACAAGGUUUAAAUUUGGCGCCAAUUGUAGAGACAAUUUACAUGCUCGGAACACUAACAAGAUACUGAUUUAGGUUCGUCGUCAUGAAAGACAGGUGCAACAUUUCACAGAACUUACAAGCGAAUUCUUACACCGAUUUCGUAUGCAUCCCAAUUGUAUUAUUGACGCUCAUAAUCCAAAAAUUAAUAGGUACUUUCGACGAAGUUAACAGGCCAAGGGAGAAAUUUAUCAUCCAAUCACACGUUUUCCAUCUAUUCCUCUUAGGGCGCAUAACUCCCUCAUAAGUCACGAUAGGCCCAUGUGUUAAUGUUUCCCUAUUCUUUUGACUAGGAUUUCUCUCUGCAUAGUUAGCAUAUAAAUAUCGUCUCAUCCUGUACAGCGCCUGAAAACUUUUCCCUCACUUUUUUCAGUAUCCCAAUGCUUUAUAAUUUCUUUUGCCUCAUUCCUUAGUGUGCUGUGAGUUCAUUUACCUGCCAGUAUAUGGCAAUAUAAACAACUUUUAUUAUGUACUGUCAUACAAGGUGUGGUAUCAUGAUUGCAUUGCCAUUAAGAAGUCUGUGUUCAUAGGAGCCAUAAACAAAUUUUAAUUAAGAGAAUUGGGAUUCCCGCAACUCCCAAACUCCUCGGAGCAAUCACAUUCGAUAUUUUGUAUCCCAGAUCUAUAGCGGCUGCUACUGUGCCUAAAUAGUCGCAUCUCGGAUUUCAUUGGUAAGAUUUCGUGUACACUUUCAGAACUGCAAUUAUAAUCAUAAUCAAUUACAUGAUAGUCACAGUUAAGCCGGUCACAACGAUAUUCAUGGAAUCAGAAACCACCACGAAUGACGUAUAUAAACCACGUUUCACUAGUUGUCUGCCUGUUGAAUUCUUACAAUUUGAUUACUGUUUUACUGUUUUUAUAGGUAAAUUGAGAUUUUCUACCAAUCAGGACUUUUUAUUAACUAUAUAAAAUUGUUAUUUACAGUUUUAAUUCAUGUUACUUUACUCACAACACCUGUUGAUGAAUUAUAGCCAUGCCCAUAGGUUCUUUUCCCCCAUCCACCGUCACAUUCUACUGCUAUGUAGGGAAUGCCAUUCAGAAAAUGUCCUUUCUGUUCUGCUGUUUUCUUUUCUUCUUCUCCUGUUUUUUUUUUUUAAAUUUAGAAGUCACAUGUUUUUCCCACGCCUGAAACAUAGUGGAGAUUGGUAACAUUUAAUAUACUGAAACGAAAACAGACUUAAUUUACUCUAGUAUCGGAUUACUUAAAAUAAAUAUAAGUAGUCCUGCAAAAGUCAUACCUGCCCGAUUUUCUCUUCAUGCAUUACAAAUUUUUCACAGGACAUGCAUGGAAUAUCCAUAACUGAUAGUAAUUCUUCCAGUUGACUGUGACCUAUACCAAUCGACAAGGCACCCCACACUACGGCAUCAUUUGUUUCUUCAGCAUGAAUCUCGUCAUGGGAAGUGACAGUUUUGGUUUCAUUGCAUGUAUCACAUGCAAAUGUCCUGGUUGAAUACAGUCCACAUCUUCUUUCUGAUUUUACAACGGAUUUCCCCAUGGUGCACUUAUUUCGGUGUCUUUCUAUUAAAGCUAUUUGUUUCAUAAAAUGCGCAAUGUUUACGCAUCUAUUUCCUGGAAUGUCCCAAAGGACAUAAUUAUCAUCCUUCUCGAUGAUAAGAUCGGGGAGGUUGCUCUCUGAUUCCUCGGAACAAAAAUGAAUGUUGCCAUUGCUGUUGCCAUCAGUACAGGUUAAAUUUUCUUUCGUAGCAGUAUUACUUUGAGUUAAUGAUGGUACAUACUCCGGUAGCAAUGUAUCUUCACGCAUGGAUGGAAUAUUUGCCGGCAGCAAAGUGACAUCAUCCGGCAACAAAGUCACAUCCUAAAAUAAUAGGACAUCUUCUGUCUGUAAUGUGUAAUUUUCAUCUGUGUCUUGUACUCUAUUCGACCUGUAUGAAAAGAAACGGUAAUUAAUAAAUUAUCUGGAUAGCACUAAACGACAUUAAUACAUUACUUGUCAACAAGUGAGAAUAUAUAAGAGGUCUUCAUUGUUAUUUGCACAAAGCGCCAGUCUCCUUACGCUGGAAAGUGAUUUUGACUACCGGCGAAGUCAAAUAAGAUGUAUUCGCAUUUUAAACGUUGCGGACCUUGUUGGUGGGUUUUCUAAGGAACUCCGAUUUUACCCUUGCAUUCAUUCAUCCACACCUAUCUAAUUCAUCUUGCCCAUUGUUCUGGACAGCUGGAAUGACACGGAUCACUUUUGAGCUCUAGUCAUUCACGUAAGCAGUGCUUGAUGUAGGAAACAGCUUCGAUACAUCUGCUUGGAGAAACUACACUUCACAUUAACAGCUCGUCUGUGAUUAUGAUUUAUUCAAGUCAUUUGUUGUUAAGGAUCUGAUAGUUGUGCGAUAGAAUUACAAAUUAUUAAUUUGACAAUUGUGGGGAAUUACAAAACAAAAAUUGACAUAAACAGCAAUACAUAUGCGACAUGGACUGCAUGAAAUGACAACGUAUCUUUAUUUGUGAAUUUUCUGUACAUUUAUUUAGUUGUAAAACUUUGCAUGUUGAAGUAAAUUUACUUGCGAUAUAUUUUUGUACGAGGCACAUUUUUUUGGGCACUGUAUCUAUUCAGUAAAUUGCUUAGUUUGAAUUGGGAUUUGGUGUUGGCGAAUGUUUAUGCAAUUAUGGCACCAAAAGACUAGUUGCCCAUACAGACAAUCAGGAUUUAAUUAUUCUGAUAUUUAAAAAUAAACUUAUAAUUAAAAAAAAUUCAAUUAUGUUUUUUUGUCCAACAGUCAUAUAAUGCCCCACAUCUCUGUGUAACUACAAUUAGAAGUAGGUUAAAAUCAAUGUUUGAAAUUUAAAAUUUUUUUGGGGUUAUGAACCCCCUUCCAAUUGAGGGGGGCAAUCAACUUCGGGCAAAUUUCCCAACAUGCCCGGACUCAUGGACAUACAAAAAAUUAUGGUUAUUGCCCAUAGCAAACAAUCUCUUGUAGUGUAAUGUGAUGUGACAAAUUCCACAGAUAGAUAAGUAACUAGACAAUCCUGAGUUCGGUUAAAAAACACAACUAAUUUUAAAUUCAGAAAUGUGUAUUAAAUACGUUGAAGUUGUGUACUGUAACGUUUUCAUUGUGUCAUGCCAAUUUUAGUUUGUCGUUUAUGGUACAAAUUAGGUGGUCUGUAUUUAUUUGAAUAAUAAAACUGUAUUAUUUGAAUAAGACAACUGAUCUUGCAAAAUAUCGUCAGAGUUGAUAAGUCAUGAACAUAUAUAUUUCUAUAAUGAAUUUUAUGUGUAUACGUUUAUGUUGAAAUGUUGCACAUACUAAAAUACAAAACUAAUAAUAUUUAGGCAGAAACAUUUAAUUGGUGUUUACGAAAUUAAAAUAUAUUUUACUAUCACUACACUUGUUAGUGUGUUAAAACGCAGAUCAAAACAAAAAUGGCGAUGAACACUAGUUGCUGUAGAACACAUAGGCGCAGUAGAGGAAGCGAGUUUCACACCGUUUAUUUGCGCAUGCGAAAAGGAUGCAUCUGCAUCUUCAGAGAAUUUGGAAACGUAUCAGAGAUGGCAGCAACCUCCUUUUCAGAGAUCUCGAGGGCUAAAGGAUCUCUGCGGUCACUAUUCGGAAGUACCUACUCUUCGGACACAGAUUUAAUCAGAGACAACACAAUAUUGUUUGGUAAGAAAGGCAAGUUUUAUGAUAUCCUGGUUCAAAUGAAAAAUACACUAAAAUAUUUCAAAGAAACACAUUGGAGAAGAGAGUAGGUGCCGUGAACGAUAGUAAUAAGAUAACGAUAAGAAUAAGCACCGAUGGAAAAAUGUUAUUUAAAAUACUAUUAUUCUAUUUUCUUGUGCGUUACGUGUUACUAUAAUUUUCAUAAUAUGUAUUACAUCGUGCAUUUGACAUAGCAUAGAUAAGUAAUGUACGUUCAUAGGUACUGAAUUUACGUACAUGCAUGUGCUUCAAAUGUGAACAGGCUAGCGAAUACUAAAAUUCUAGGUUCAACUUCCAACGAAAGAAAUACCGAAACAAUCUCCUCUUUUGUGAUAUUCGUUGCUGUUUUAACUACAAGUAUCUGUAAAUACGACGAGAUAAAAUUUAGGCCAUGACUUUCUGGGGACGCGCUGUGCUUGUAACGCAAGUCACGUCCUUAGACUAUAACUAUCAUUGCUGGGGCAAGCUCUUAGCACCAUAAACAUUAUAUAUAUAUAUAUACAUAUAUAUUUUUUUACCUCGUGACAGAAAAUAUCAAUUUGGCGCAGCGAAUAAAUUCAGUAAGCCAACAUUCAAAAAACUAGCUCGCAGAUGUUCAUUACAACUUUUUUUUUUCCGUCGUUUUAUGAUUUGUGUAAUUAUUGAGCAAAGAGUAACCUACAGAAAAUUUUUCAGAGUCAUAUAUGUAUAUGUAAACAUCGUUAGACGUAGGUACAUAAUUGCAGUAACAGUGGAACUACGAACUAGGAAGUUUCAUGUCUCAUACAACCGUUUGCAUUACUGUAUAACGAUUUUUUCUUCUUUAAAUACCAUUCUAAAUCGUAGCACGAAAUCCACAAACAUUAAAUUAAAAAAAAUUAACUCAUACUUAAACUAAGAACAAGCUUACAAUACUCAUAGUUUUAAACUGAAAACAACUAUAAUUUACUAGUUCUACAAGUGCUGCGGUUUCUCAAUGAGCUAGUUUGUUGUGUCCCGCUGCUACCGGCCCUGCGAGAGAUGUAGCUGUGACAUUGCAACCCCUUUGAUAGGGACAACGGCGAACCUAGCCUUGGCGCACACGUCGCACUUCUGCCUGCGGAGCAAGAGGAUUGAGAAGCAAAUACGUUGGCAACACUGCAGCGCUAUCAGCUGUCUGGAGUAGCGUGGGUUUCCUUAUUACGCGCGCAACUAUUCAAUAACAAUCACGCGCUCUUUAGCAAAAGUUUGAAGCAUAGUCUAAAUAUGAACAACUUCUUAUUUAUUCCUGAUAAUUAUUUAGAUGAGAAACAGAAAAUGUAUAUAAAUACACAUUAUAUUGAUAAUCAAUCCUUCACAUCAUAUUUGCUUUGUAUACCAUAUACAAUAAAGAGAAUACUUACAGUUAAGAGUUCCAGGAAUAGUCAUAAGGAGAGCUUCACUUGUUGACGAAUACGGCUGAGAAGUUUCAUUCUGCUCUGCAUUUUUCCUGUAAACAAUUAAAUUAUUUGAAUUGAAUACGGCUGCAUCUGUACAGUUAAAGGCGAAUGUGUAUUAUGUAAGUUAAUAUAUCACCAAAACGCGUAAUUAAGCAUUAAUAUACCGCAUACCAGAUUUAAUCAACCUGCGGGGCAUUGAACAUAAAAUAUCUAUCCUGAGUUCUAUGCCAUUGCCAAUAUCACAAAAUUCGCCCUAAAAAGUAAAUCACAUCUAUGUUGUGAAAAGUGGCGAGGGUUUCCUAUAAAAUAAAAUCUAAUAGAAUCAAAUAUUAAUUUAAUUCUGUACACGUGAAAAUAAGUAUGUACUUACCUCAGGAUUUUUGAAUCUGUUUCAGUUUCGUCAGCCUUGGCUUUUUUCUCCAUCCAAAACUUCUGCUUGAUCUUUGCCCUCUUGCUUUUUUUACGAGAGCGGCUAGGUGGUGGUUUAGACUUCGGCAUGAAGCACGGAAGUUACACGAAUGACAAAUUCACUUACGAAAGUAAUCAGAAACACAAAAUGCGUGCGAAAAUGUUUCUUUGCCGUACGCGGCGAGGCUGGUUAGAGCUCCUCGACGUAGUUAUAAAAAAUGACGCCUUGAGCGCCAGCGAACGGUCACGCGGAGACGAGGGUCGCGCUGGAAAGAAAGACGAAGUCGGUAUCUCCCGCGGGAGCGACACGCGUCUACAGUUAUUCAUACCCCAUUUUUGUAUUUUUCAUCGUAAAUAUAUAAACCAAAUAUCAGCAUAAAGUAAACAGUCUGGGCUAUAGACUCUGAAAGUAUGAAAGCAUAAUAUCCCUAAACUAAUUUUAUUUUGUUUGUAGAAUACAGCCCUACUUUUGUUCUGUUAAAAUGUUAAUAAUUCUUAAUAUUGUAGAAAUAAAUAUCCUUGCUCUAACCUAAUGAAAAUUUCUGAGGAUGAUAUUGAAAACAUUUCAAAACAAUUUAUCCUUAGCCAUUACUAAAAAAAAAGAAAAUUACCUCUAAUUGUAUGAAAUCAUUUACGAUAUAAAAUUUGUAAUAAAAAUUAUAAUUACAGCAGUUUUGGUGCCGAAAUGUUACUAUUGCAUAUACCAAAUGCAUACUUGUUGCAUAUAUAUAUAUAUAUGACAAAUGUUUAUAUUACAUUGCCUUUAACAACUUGUCGGAGUCCCUUGAACGGCCUUAAACCUCUCUCUGCGCUGGCUGGCGUGUUACGCAUUGCGGAAAAAAGUUAUCGUCUGUGCAUAUACCGUUCCACUCGUCUCGCGUUACAUUCUCAUCAAGCGCCCGAGCCCGGCAGUCGGACUGUAUGCCUAAGUAGAUUUUUGUCAUUAUAGCCCGCAGAAUAAAACCAUUUGGAUUAAAUGUUCAAUUUUUAGUUUCUUUUGCUUACGAAGAGGCGACGCCGGGCGUUUCGGCGUCUAGGACCUUAUUCACAAUGCGCAGUCCGCAGUUUGUGAACUGGCAUGCGGCAGGCGGCAGUCGGAGAUAAAUGGUUCCACAGACAGCAGUCCAGCAGUCACCAGUCGAGCAGUGGGAUAUCAUCGAACUUCAUUUCGGACUGACAGACCGCCAGCUGCCAAAAUAUUUUCACCUAUCAGAAAAUCUUUCGCGAUGAUGUGGUUUAAUCAAAUACUCCAUUGGUCAUGUUAUGUAAUUUUGACUGGCCACUCCGGACUGCUGACUAUGAACUACGUGUUGCCUACCGAUGCUACGCUAACUGUAAUCCUAAAUUUUGCUUUGGAAUUAUACAAAAAACAUUUACCACCUAAAACCCUGCAAUGAAAACAUUUAGCAAAUAUCUCAAAUUUUAAAAUUGAUAUUUUUAUGUUACCUUCUUUAACAUCGAUAUUCAUAAUAACAAUUUUAAAGCUUUAAUAAAACCGGCCCGUUGUCGUAUAUCAGGUUUAUUAUAUUUACGAUAUUCAUGAACACUGUCGUUUUUAUAUGUUUUACGUAUAACGUAUUCUAUAUAACUAAUAUCAAACAGUCGAAGGAUUAUCAGCAUUUGUUGUGAAACUUUACUAUAAUGUAAUAAUAACACGUGUAGGGCCUAUUGACGAAACAAUCGUUCGUUAAAUUAUUUUCAUACGUAUAUAUGUAAAUUUGAGGCAACAUUCCUUUUUUAAAUUGCUGUGCUUAUUCAAAGGAAACGUGCAAUUAAAAUGCAUCACUAGAAAUGAAAUUAUUUUAGGAAUGUGUAGUAUCUGAUGAAAGACGAUAAGGAUGAAUCUUACGCACAUACUGUAUGCUGAUGUAGAAUGUAACGCCGACCCUAGUUGUUUCAUGGUACGGAAAACUUAAAAUUUUAUAAUGAAAAAUUUUAAACUGUAAAUGGACCUUUCUUUUCCAUCUACAACGAUGCGUCUUCACAAAAAAAAAUUGUAUUUGUCAAAAAUAUUUAGUUAAUAUUUUUUUCUUAAAAUAUUCUCAUAAAGAUAUAACCCUUAUAAUAUCGUAGGAUUGCAUUCGUAUUUCCAUUAAUUUUUUCACUUAUUGUGACAUAGUAUUUAAAAAAUAUGACGAAGUUGCAUACAAAUAUAUCGUGUCUCCUUGCGCUGCCUAAUGUUUCAAAAUGCUCUCGCUGAAAAUAUUAUAAUGACUUCAUCUAACUUAAGAGCAUUAUUCAACUUCUAAAAAUCGUACUUUAUUCAUAAGAAAAUAAACAUUGAUGUUUAUAUUUUAAAAAAAUGGAUUUCAAUGGGUGCUUCAUUCUGUAUAUGAUUUUUGUUGUUAUCUUCUGCCAGUCAUUUUACAAAACAGAUUAUGCGCAUUAGAUAUUUUGACCUUGAGUGCUUUGCACUGUGUCGUGCAUCUCUGCGCCCAGCGAGCCGAGCCAGUCGCUCGGAGAGAGUGUUUAUUAGGCUAACGCUAUGUCACGUAAGUUAAUACUGUGAAAUGUUUUGUAAUUUAUAUUCUGAAUUAUUAUUUUAUUUUUUCCAAGUAAAUCUGUCUAUGUGCCGAGUUUGAUGUGCACUUAAUAAUUAGGUACAGGCUGAGAAUCUCGAACUAUGCUAUUUUACACCUCUGUCGUGAGGCACCUCUAUCAAGAAGAGUGUGACUGAGUGGUAUGUUUUGUGAUCGAGUUGUAAUUUUUUGAUGUUUAACAUACUGGCUCUCUGUAUAAAUGGAUUGUCCGCAACCUAAAUUGCUUUACAUAUUGUUACAGUGAAAAACUAGGCCUGUAAGUAACCAUGAAGAAAUUCAGUCAGUGUAUGUUGGAGGAUCGCGUAAGCAAGUAACUUUGCAUACAGCAAUAUUGAACUACUUUAAUUCUGAAUACGAAAUAAUUACAAUUUAUCUAGCGUAACCACAUAUUAUAUAUGUCGUUGUAGCAGUUAGAACCAUACAGAAAUGGGACCUGUAGAGUGUCAAUUAUGUAGUAAACAACAAAACAAUACUGCCACAUACCUUAUGAAACAUAAAUUUGGGCAAAGCAUGAACCAUAAAAAUGAGAUAUGCCAUGAAUGAUUUCCUACUGUUUAUGACGUAAAUUAGAGGUGUAGUAAAUUUGAGUGAGUGAUACUUUGGUCUAAAUUUGGUAGAUUUAAAUUUAAUUUGAACUUAUUGUACUGUAAGGUCCCUCGUUUAAAAUCACUGGUUUUCAACCAACUCCACAGUUGUACAAUACGUGUGAAAAAAAUGAACAAUAAGAAAUCUAGUUUUAUAUGCACACACAUUUUAUAUGUAUAUAUGUGUAAAUGCAUACACAUAUUUACAUAUCAAAUGUAUAUAUACAUUUAUGAUGAUUGCGACCACUUAUCGAAGUUUCAGCAUGUAGCAUUCCAAUAAAAACAAUUUGAGAGGAUAAGUGUAUUUAUACUUCGUGAAUUCUUCAAAGCGUUCCAUAAUUAUAAUUUUGAUCAAUGACGUUAAAAUAAAGCCAGGCCCUUACGAUGCUCAUUCCCUUAGCAGUUUCCAUAAAGUUUUCUGUUAGCGCGUCUACUCCCGUGUGGGUAGCAUUUCAGCAACCUUUCAAGGAGUUUGGAACUGGGAAUAAAGAUUUUCAUACCGAAAAUAUUAGCUAAAACCGUACUAGAACGUGUUAUAUUUUUUCUGCUUUACCCACGAGCCAAUGUUGUCAAGAUAAUGGACCCGCGUGUAAGAACAUAAACCUGUAUAUAUUUACUGUAAACAUUAGGGAACGUAAAAGUGUGCCAAAUGAAAUUUUAUGAUAUUGAAACUACUCUGGAAUUUAUUUGGUAAACUUAAAUAGUCAUAGAAAGAAGUAAUCUCAAGUUUUAAAAUACGUAAGAACACUUGCAUUUCUCUAUUAAAAAUACAUAAUAUCCUCCUAAAGUUCCCAGAGUAUUGGUUGUGCGUCGAUAGAGCACGCUAUUUUUCAACCUAGGUACUGAAAAAUAAUUUUAUUUAUUUUUUUGACAAAAUAUUACUGAUUUAAAAAUGUACUUAAAGCAAAUACCUACUAUCUUAUAUUUUAAUUGUUCAUCUCAUUGUUAUAAUAACAUUAAAUUCAUAGCUCAGUCCUUUGGUUUAAUUAUUUCAUAAAGGAUUUUAAGAAAUAAUUAAUAUUCUACGUUUAAUAGGAAAUUAAUAUCCAUAGGCCUAUAUUAUUACUGAACAAACUUAGCACUUCAUAGAAACCCACACCUGUUAACCUAAACGAAAAUGAGCGACGGUUUUACUUCACUUUAGAUUUAAGUUUACUAUGCGAUCAACUACUUACUACGUUAAACUGAGCGUGUUUCUUUGUCUUACUUGUUAAAGAAAAUUGUUAGUAUCAAUUUCUUAAAGUAGUAGAAUAAGUUAGUAACCAAUCACUAUGUACGUACACAUAAAAUAUGUGAAUCGGAACCAUUUGGAACUAACACCAUAGAAAUAGAACAAUUAAUAUUGUGAAUUAUUUGGAUGAGCUGUCCUAUAAAUGUAAAAUUAUGAAUAUAUAAUAAAUAAACUACAUUUAAGCAAACACCAUUUCUUGUAUCCUUUUAAUUUUACAUUAGUAGAUUUUGAAACCUUCUAAGGAAUAUGCAUCCUCGUUAAUUUUUAAAUGGCUCUGUAUGUUUUUAAAUAAUGCACAAAAUUUGUUGUAUUUUUUUGCAAGUGAAGCGUAAACGAUUAAAUACCAAAAUUCAUUCACCUGGUUACAUUAUUUUUUAAAUACACACGCAGACCUGCCAACUCUCACGAUUUUGGUGUGAGGCUCAAGAUUUUAAGGUCCAUCUCACGCCCUCACGCCAAAAUAGUGUUUCCUCACGAUUUUUCGGGGCCCCUAGAUUUUGUUUUUAAAAGUUACAAAACAAGUUUUACCAAAGCUUACAGUAACGAGUUUCCAUCAAUACUCAAGUCCUGUAAAGGAAGCAAUUUUGCAUUUUGUAGCGUGUGCCGUGCUGAUUUUUCUAUCUCGCAUAGUGGAAGAGGAGACAUUGUGAAACAUGUCGCUACAAAAAAACACAACUAACAUGUGAAAUGUACUGCUUCCAAUAAAAAAAAUUAAUUUUGCUGUGAACAGUGAUAAUAGUGUUACACGAGCAGAAUGUUAUUUUACAUCUUUUUUAGUUGCGGCCCUGCAUGAUCACUACACGACAGCGCUAAAUUAUGUUCAACUAAAUUAAAUCUGCAACUUAUAAUUUGUUGAAAUAAAUUUUGAAGCAGAGACCAUGUAACAUAUGUACAGGUAUGUCACUUAAAUUUAAAGAUUCUCAUUUGUUGUUUUUUAUAUCUAACCUGUAUUUAUGGGCCUGAAAAUUUUUAUCGAGGACCUCAUGAUUUUUUAAAUUUGAAUGUUGGCAGGUCUGCACACGUGAAAUUUUAAUAUAUUUUCAGUAAUUGGUUAAAUGGACAUUACCAUGUCUGAUGAGCUUGAUUUGUCAGCAAAUACAUUGGCUGUUUUCUGUUAGCAUUCUGGGUAUCGUGUGUAUGGAGUAACCAAUUAUUUCUUCUUCUUUUCUGCUAGAUAAACUUUUAUGCCUAUUUUUAUCCCCAUGGGUAUAAUUGAAGGUAUAGCAGAAAUUUGGCAUCAUGUGGAAUGGGCUUAAUUUACGUGAAGAAUAUUCGGAACUAACCUACAACAACAAUAACUGGAUAGUUAAAUUCUGAAGUAUAAGAAGUUGAGACGCCAAAGUAUGAAUCUUAUGUUCCAGAUUCGAUUGGAAACUAAUUAGAUAAAAAUGUUUUCCUCAAAGUUCUUUAAAAACCAAUUUUAAAAAUUUAUUUUUCAUCAAAAAUUAUGUUUACCUUUUUUACCCAUACAUAUUCCCCUUUCGAACAAAGUUUUUUAAAACCUAUAUAAGUUAAAUCUACGCUAAAGUUUAAUGACAGGAAAAUGUAUUAAACCAGGCACGUUUAUGGGUUCAAGCAGAGUUAGAAAAUUUUAUCAUUCAGUUACCAGUAAUUUGUUAGGUCUGUAGGUUUAGGUAAUGUUAUAUCGAUCUUAAAAAAUUGCAAGAAUUGAAUUUCUGUAAUAAACCCUUAUUUAUUAUUAUUAUUAGCAUAUUUUACACUGACAUUUAAAAAUGCUCAAUUCAAAAUGAACAUUCCCUAGCAAGAAAAUUUAUUUUGUAUCACCACAAGAAAUCAAACUGCGGCGUAGCCUAAUUCAUAACAUCCUUCGUACAGAUUUCUUGGUCUGCUUUUCUGCGCAAGAAGUUUUCGUUUUCUCCUCUUUUUCUUUAAUACUUGAAGGAUGUAAAUUGGGUUCCUAAUGGGCAUCGAGCGGGUAUGCCUGGGGUCUACUAAUUCAGGAAGCAUACAAUCCAUAUAAAAAGACGUAAGUUUUUCUUUCAUCUGACAAUUCCAGAAAUUAUCGUCACGAUAAAUGUUUUCUAUUUUUGAGCCCAAUGGAGUCCACAGACAAAAAAUACAGUACAAUUUCCUGGUAACAUGAAGCUGACCCUGAACUUUAUAGUAAUAAGCAUGCUUCUUGUUGAUAACAUCAACAUGUGUUUUAUCCUUUACAUUCCAGAAUGUGAAUUUUCUAGAUAGUAUAGCAUCGUCAGGAGAAAUUUCUUUUGCUGACGAUGGACACUUAACUUCAACAAGGCCAUCAGAGUCAACAGUUCCAUCCGGGGUUGCACCUAAAUAUGAAAGUUCUGGGUCUACAAAUAGUCCACAUGGUUUGAUUUUGACUGAAAGUAUUUUCUCAACUUCUUGAAUGGCGUUCAUUUCAUUUUCUCUUCCCCACAACAUGGCAUCGGUGUCGAAAUUUCCAUACAACAUACUGACAACAAGUUUGUCGCAUGGUGUAUAAGGAAGUCGUCUGCAAACUGAUCCAAAAUUAGAAGCUGUAAGCAAUUUCCGAUGCACUUCUUUCCAUCGCCCGCUGUCUCUUUGUAGUAGAGUACCUCUUUCCAACUCGUUGCUCUGCAGUUGCAGGUAGAUUCUUUAGAAACAUUGACUUUGCCUCUUCGUAGUCGUCAACUGUCAAGUCAGGCUUCUGCGCACAUGGUCCGUAAUGCUUAUCUUGUGAAGAAAUAACUUUUAACCUAAUUGUCUUUCUUUUCUUUGCAUUAUUUCGGGGUAUUUCCAAUACUGCUUUCCUUUUGUUUUCAAGUCUUUUCACGUACUUUCCAGGGCUUCUUUCAUACAUUGUUUUGUGAAGUUUGUAGAUAGGAGUAUUUGUGUUGUAAGAUACGACUGCCGCGUAAUUUCUUGCAGAGUAAGCUCUCUUCAGGCAAAAAUUCACACGUUUGCCGCCGAUGAAUUUUGCAACAAUCGAGUUAAAUUGUUCAACAGAAUUGCUGUCCACAUUUUUCAAGAGACUUAGUGCAUUUCGCAGUAUGCAUUGACUUACAACAUCUUCUAUGGUAUGCAAAAUUCCGCUUUUUUCUAAAAGCGGAACAAAAUUGAUUUCAUUAUUCUUGGCUCCAUUACAAAAAUAUUCUGAGCACUCGGAAUGUUCACCAAAUACAUGCUUGGGUCCGUUUGUGAGGUCUUUUCGCAGGCCUACUAUUUUUUCGUAUUCACUGACAUUUUCAUUCUGCCAAUGACGUACAGCUCCUUUCACGGCACCUCUCAUUCUUAAAAUAUUUGACCCCAGUGCUUUUCUCAGAGAUAUAUUUUUCAAAGAACUGUUUGUUGUGAUGUCUUUUAGUUUGUUACAGUAAUUUCUUAAAAUAUGGUUGCGACACUCUAUUUUGUUAACAGACAAAUUUCCAUAAGGUCUUGCAGUCACAAUGCUAUUAUAAACACUGCAGUCACCAUCUGCAAUAAGCGUCCCAUAUUUCACUCCAUACAUUUCCACACUUGCUUUAAAACCCUCCAAUAUAAUAUCUGCUUCCAGAUGUGUUCUUUAACUUCUACACCCAUAGCUGCUGCUCAAGCGCACAUUGUACAAUAUUUGUUUCGCACACUGAUAAACAAAACUUUUCGUGUGUAAAAUCCGAUGAAAGUUGCACAUGUUACAUUUCACACUGAAAAUUGAAUUGAGACCUCUUCUUGCUUCAUUUGUGAUAACUAAGUUUUGUAUGCCACAUCCUAGUGGUCCAUGAUUACACAAAACUUUUAGUCUGUUAAAAAAAUAAUCAAUGUCAGUUAUCCUUCUUCCAGACACUUCAAACGACGCUUCAGUAUCCACAUUGCUACCAUCUGGGGUAACUUGUUGCUGUUCCGACUGACACUUAUUAGUGUAACACGAUGCUGCUAGAGCUUUCUGUUUUUCAGGUGUUUUUUCAGGAAAACUAGUUGACUGCUGAUACUUUUCUGGUGACUUUCGUGAAAAAUCAGAGAAGCAAGUCUCGGUGCUGUCCCUUUCUUGGAGUCUGAAAAACAAUUUUUCAUUUCACAACAGAUAUGACUAUUCAAAAAAAAAACAAUGCAUUUAGAUAUAACUUUUCUGCUGCACAUAAAUCUGUAAAUUAGGCAUCGAUAUACUUUAAAGCCUGUAAUAUAAAAAACAGUUAUAAUUACUGCUAGCAUAAGUAGUUAUUGCUAGUGAAAUAUAAAAUAUCUGAAGCCCGAUUUUUAAACUAAUUAAUUUUAUCAUUUAUGCUGGCAGGUUGUUGCGAUAAAGAGUUGACUUCUGAACUAAACCUGAACCUAUGUCUUAGAAACAAGGGUCUAAGGGUAAUUUUUAACUGUUCCAGAUAGUCACACACGUCAGAUGGCAUAUCAAUGUAAAAAAAAACUGUUUUAUACAUGCAAUUAUGUUGUCGCAAAACCAUUAGCCAAGUUUCUAUAUUAAAAUUAUUUUUUAAUUUUCUUUUUAUAGAGUGUAAUAUAAUUCACAUCAGAUUACGUAUUAUUCAUUUUAAAAAUUUAAUUUGAAAUUUCUUAUAACUUGAUGCUUGACGUAACAUAAUUUUCUUGUUUAGUGUUUAAGUACCUGCUGUUAACAUAAUUCUUGUAAAAAAUAUAUCCAAUUUAUUCUUUGAUAUUUUAUAUAUUUGGGAUGCAGGUUAUUUCAAUAGAAUUUUGCAAUUUACACUGUAAAUAUAUUUUUUUAAUAUGGUUAUUUUGUCAAACAUCCUUUGCCCUAUAUGUGUUAUUCAGGAUUCCCACUACAUUUCAUAAAGAAAGACAGUCAUUAAUUAUGGAAAACACUGACUACUCGAUAAUUUAAACUCAGUAUUUACAAAAAUUUUAUUUUAUUUUCGUAAUUGACUGUUCUGCUGAAUGUGACAAAUUCAUUCGCCAUGCCACUGCAAUAUUAUUAAAAACACACGAUUAGCCUUCAAACAAAAUAGUCUUCACGAUUGCUUAUGCAGACGUAGCAUGACAAUCAGCGUUUUGGAAGCUGUCGGAUGUAAUUUAGCACUAUACCAGUCAUACUCUUACAAUAAAUAAAUUUUGUAUCUUACAUUUCAUCAUAUCGUUUAGUUGUGAUACGAUGACGCGUUUCAAAAAUCAUUGAAACUGUUACACGACUAGAACUUUUUGCUGUCAAUGAUACAGUUUCCUGAGUUUUAGGAUUUUGUUAAUAAAAAUAGGAAAAUGUAUGGCACAUAUCAUAUCUAUUCAUUUCGAUGUACAACAAAACGUUUGUGAUAUAUAUGUUGAAAGUAAAAGACAAAAUGAUUUUUUUAUGGGGAACAAGGUGGAUGUGAUAGUGAUCGCAGCAUAGAAAUUUUGAAGCUAUUCACCACGUAGUGUUUUUUGUUUCAAUGUAAAGAAAUAUAAUAAAUGAGAUGUCGGAAUUCAUCCAUUAAAAUAAUUACACCAUGUCAAAUAAUUACAAUUACAAUCCCUGCUUCAGAAUUAUCGGAAAGUAUACAAUCUGCGCGCAUAUCACUGUUUAUACUGUUAUUUAGGUUUCAUCAUUGGGCCAAAUAAAAAUUUCAAUUUGAUCAUUCAGUAUGGUGGUGCUAUGCAUGUUCAACAAAAUAAAUGCUACAUCAACGAAAUAACAAAAUUAAAUCUCACUUCAAAAACUCACACACUAGGAUGACACUCCGAAUUGUGUCAGUGACAAUAAAAUAAGAGGCAGUAUACAUAAAAUAUUUUCUUUGUUGCCUGUUGUUCCUAACAUUGUUUCUUAGCCUUUUCAUUAUCUUCAAAUAUAACAUGAUAAAACUGCAAUUAAAACACCAAAAGAGUCUAAACUAAUUUAACAUUGGAUUAUUGUGGGCAAGGGAAUAUGUAAAGUAAUUUCUCAUGAUAAUAAACCUAGAGGGUAAAACUAUUCUCAGCACUGGCAUUCUGCACACGACGUUACAUUAUGGAUAUAGCUUUUAAUUUAAUUUGUACAAGUUUUGGGCGAUCUCUUGACUAUCUUUAAUGUUCGUAGCUAAUGUUGACAAUUUACUAUCUAUUAAUGUUAAUAUGAUAAAAAACUUACUUAAAUUUUUCCUUGCAUCUCCAUUUCUGCAAACUUUCCCCUCUGUUUUUCUUUCUUCUAGUUGAAAUAAACACCCCAUUCUUGCUUUAUAAACGACGGUUUUUCCCUGUAUAAAAAAACACCAUGAUUUUAUUUCUUCCCGAUGACAAACAAAAAAGUUGUAUGGUCGCGAAUAAUAAAUUCGUAUGGCGUCACAUCAGCGGAAUAUUCCCUUAGCAUAAAUGUGUGAAGACUGUGGCACUUGUGGAGAAGUAAACCUUCGCUCGAACACAAAAACAAAUGAACGAACAGCUUUUUUUUUAUGGGAUGUGCAGUCGGAGACCCCUGGGGCGGUUGAAGGGUGGCGGGUCGGUUGAAUGGUGAUGGGGAGGGGGGGGGGAGUUUGAAGGGUGACAGGUCGGUCGCCAGACCAGGUAGUAAAAGCUCAGGGGCUGAGGAUAGAAAAGGCCUAUCUCCAAAUUAUUAAGUAUAAAUGUUGUCAUGUAAUAGUUAAAGACUUGAUUACACCCAGGUUUAUAAACCCAUCAUGAUCAUGAAGACACUGAUCGGAAGGUAAUGUGCAAUACAUUUGAAUGGCGUUUUCAGUUUUUGCUAAAUAAUUAUAAAUAUAAGCAAAAUUUCAAUUUAUCUGGACAAAUCAAAAUGUUGAUAACAUUAUUUUCAUCACAGAAAUAAUAUAUGAUAUGAUAACUAAAUUUGAAAAAAAGCGGUUAUGUUAAAUGUAUUGUAUACUUUCAGUAGGCAAAAUUUCCGGCCCCUACCUCUUAUAGACUUUGAGAAAAACUGCCUUUUAAAAUAACAUUGAUAUAGAUAGGAGCACAAAUUUGUGACACGGCCUCUUAAGGGUCCUUUGGAGGUAUGGUCUCCGCGAGAAGAGCUCCCCAUGCCACGUGUUCGAGCAGUCCGGGAGGCGUGGUGUAGGGUCGGGGGCGUGGUCUACCCUAGUGACACAACUAAAGAAUGUUGCAGUGGUGGGGGUGCGAGCCGCCUGGCUUGUCCCUUCCCCUCCGUCAUUGUCUGCUAGGCACCCCGAGAGCGUGGGUCUGGCUGGAAGGAAAUAACCGAGCUGUGUCGCGGCGGCAGGUAUCCCAGUAGCGACCUAUGAUAAUUGUUUUUUUUGUUUUUUUUUAACGCUCGUGGAAACCAAUGCAUCAAUGUGGUCGUCAGAAUUAUUGUUUCUAAACAGGUCCAGUCCCAAUGAGGUAUAUUUAUUGAUAUAUUAGCAAAAAAUUAACAACUUUUGAAUCGUUUCUCCAUUACCACGUUCACUUUCGGGAGUUCUGUAAAAAUUUUUCUUCUUUUCACAUCCCUAACUGUUAAAUUUCGAAAAUUCGAAAAGUUAGGUAAGGGAAUAUGCGUUUAUUUAGGCAAUAUUAUGCAGCAAAAAAAAAAAAGCGAUAGUCUCCAGAUUAUUGAGAUAGAUAUAUAAGAUUGUUUUAAAACACAUGUCACCCCUUUUUCUAUCCUUAAUUUUACCUUCCAUGUUUUAAUUUUUCCUAAAAUUUCGAAUUAAGGAGUUAAUAAAAUAAAUACAACACUAAUAUUUCAGACAACAUAUAUUUUCACAUGAUACAAUAAACCAAAAUUCUACUUUUCUAAAGACCUUUUAGAAUUGGCAAAUUUUAAACCAAUAAACUAAUUCUAUUAAGUUACAUUUAUAAAAAUGUGUGCUGAUGGCUACAACAGCAGCAGUUCUAGAGUGAGUACAAACACAGGAUUUUUUUUAAUGAAAUAUUGUACUUAAUAGGUUUUUACUGUCAAAUUAUAAACACUGAGAUAAUUGUCAUUAUAAAGUAUUCCUUACAAAUGAAUUGUAUGAAAUAAUUGUACUGGUUUUGCUAAGCCCAUGUCCUGUUUAAAAACCUUUACGUUUUGAAACGAUUAUUGGCUCACAGAACUUUGGCGGAUUUCACGUAACACUGUUCAGCCUAAUGAAAGCCUUUUCACAAAAAAAAAAUAUAUAAGUACUUUCAACAGUCAUUUGUAUAAAAUGUAACAAAUAAGUAUGUAAUUUUACACCAAUAUAGGUGGCAGCUGUAUCUUCUCCGAUGUAUGCGUAUUUCUACCCUCACGUGAUCGAGUGUAUUAUAAUCCACACCUGUAUGUGUAAAUAACUCUCUUUUGUUAUUAAAUUGCAUCCAACAAAGUAGGUGUAAAUUUACCCAUUGCGUACACAUAAUUUUAAAAUGUAACAUUAAAAAUCACUUAUAUCUAUAGUCUACAUUGUGUAAGUAGUAUCACAUGUUUUUAAUAACCAUUUCUACUAAUUUAAAUGUAAUUAAAGUAACACAUACAGUGUUGAUGAUAUUUUGCAGUGUGCUCGUGUGUAUAAUUGUUUUUGCUAGUUUACCAAUCAUGAAAGUACAGUUACACAGUUUUACACUUCAUCACAGAAGGUUCAGAAGUUAUUUAUUAAGUGUUGCUAGUUUUGUUUCUUUUAAAUUAUUUGAUAAAUAAUCUUGCCGUCUGUGGCUUCAGCUUUAACCACUACCUCACCGUUAGACUAAAUAAUACAUCGAAAAAUAUGAAAUGAAAUAAAAUGUAUAAAUAAAAUGUAUUUGUUCAAAUUAUAGAAACUAUGGAAAACACCUCUCGAAAUAAUAGUAUGAAAGUAUCAAUAUAAUUAUUUUAACUUUCCUCUGUUAAGGUCUGAACCAUAGAAUAAGAUAUUUCAACAAACUUUUUCAGCUCUAUGACGUAAGUCUGCAAGUUAUAUAUGAGCCGGUUAAAGCCAAAGUGGUGUAAGUCACUUUUUCUGUUAUUCUGAGUUAUAUGUAGGAAUGCACCCUACAACCUAAAAAUGGUUUGUGGAAAAAUGGUGGAAGUCAUAGCUUUGUAAAAUAACUCACAGAUGGCAGCACACAUAUUACAUGACAAUGGAUUAGUAUUAUUGUUUUCAGCCAAAGUGGUGUAUGUCUGACUUACACCACUAUGCUUUACAACAAUAUGUUUAGACAUUUAUUUUUUGUUAGUUGUGUUACAGACAUGAAGUUAUAUGUUGAAUGAGUGUAAGGUUUGUGUUUCGUAAACGAUAAUAUGUGUGAUUCAGACAAAGACAGGCUAAGUGAAUCGGGAUCAGAAUAUAUACCAUCUGAAUCGGUCUUCAGAAUCAGAUGUACGUAAGGAAACAACACCACUCGUAGAGACUCUUGGUGAUGCCAUGGACAUUACAGACGAUGAAAGUGAAAAAGGAAGGACACCGCGAACACGAAAGAGGAAAUGUUAUCUAAGCAAGAAAGAGUAUCGGAGAAAGAAAAGAAACUCUGGUAAGGCUUACAGAACUUUAAAAGGUAAAAAAGUAAGUGAGAAAAUUUUCAGUAAUGUAAAUUGCCACUGUAGAAUGAAGUGUUUUGACAAGGUAGAUGAAGAAGAUCGUAAGAAAACAUUUGAAAACUUCUGGAAUAUUGGUGUAUUUAGUUGCCAAAAUGCUUUUCUGUGUGGGUUAAUCAAACAAGAAAAGCCAAAGGUAAGACGUCCUAGAGAUAAUUCAAGACAGGCAAAGAUAGCGAUUAACCAGUAUUAUAUUCCAAUUGGUGGAAACAGUGUCAAGGUUUGUAAAAAGUAUUUUCUUGACACCUUCCAAAUAUCUGAUGGCAGAAUGACCAGAGCUAUGAAAAAAGUGCAGACUGGAGAACAACCUGGAGCAGACAAACGGGGAAGUGGUACUCCUGCUAAUAAAAUUCCUGAAGAUAAAAUAAAUAAAAUACGAGAACACAUAUCAAGUUUUCCAAUGUAUCAAUCCCAUUACACUAGAGCCCAUAACCCAAACAGAAAAUAUUUGUCUUCAAAUUUGAAUAUUCGCUUGAUGUACAACCUGUAUCAAGAAGAUUGCAAAAACAAAGCAAUUAUACCAGUAAAAGAAGCCAUUUACCGUAGAACCUUCAAUAGCGAUUUCAAUUUGCAUUUCCAUGUACCCAAUAAAGAUACAUGUGUAAAAUGUGACCAGUACAAAAUCCUCAAAACUGCUCCUGAUGUAGAUAAAAACGAGAAAAGGAAGUUAGAAGUAGAACAUGAACUUCAUUUGCGGAAGGCAGAGGCAGCACGGCAGUCUAUGAAGCGUGAAAAAGAAAAAAGUGACCGUGAUUCUCUUUACUAUGUGUUUACUUUUGACUUGGAGAAAGCCCUUCCUUUUCCAACAUUGACAUGUUCAGUUGCCUAUUACAAAAGGAAUAUGUAUGUUUACAAUCUUGGCUGUCACGAGCUAUCUAGUGGUUUGGGUUUCAUGUAUGUAUGGGAUGAAACAACAGCUUCACGAGGUGCACAGGAAAUUGGCUCCUGUGUUACAAAACACAUUGAUGCAAGGGCUGCAAAAUGUACCCAUGUGGUUAUGUACAGUGAUGCAUGCACUGGUCAGAACCGAAAUAUAAAACUUGCAUUAAUGUGCAUGAAAGCCGUCCAGAGUGACAAUAAUGUCAAUAUCAUCGACCAUAAAUUUAUGGUGAGUGGCCAUUCAUUCUUGCCAAACGAUUCAGAUUUUGGUUCUGUAGAGGUUUAUGCUAAGACUCGUACAAUGUUUAGUCGAGAAGACUGGUACACAGCAAUUGCAAAAGCAAGAAGAAAUAAACCUUUUCAUGUUACAGUCAUGACCAGUGAAGAUUUUAUGUCAACAAAAAAUCUUGAGCAAGCUGUUACAAACAGGAAAAUCAAUGAAAGGAAGCAGCCUCUGUCUUGGCUGAAAAUGCAAUGGAUUCGUUCCACACGACACGAGCCAUUUACUCUGUUUUACAAAGAAACCCUAAAUGAAGAUUACCCUUUUGAAUCCAUAAACUUAAAACCAGCAAAAGUUGGAAGGCCUAUUUCAAUUGGAAACAUUCAAUUGGAUAAGUUGUACAAAGGUCCUCGACCUGUGACCGCAGAGAAGAAGAAAGACAUGGUGGAUCUUCUUCCAUACAUUCCACCAAUUUAUCACGACUACUUCAAGAACUUGAAAACAUGUGGUAUUUCCCAAGAUAGUGGUCCAAUGGAAAUCAUUGAGGAAUUAUAGUAUGGAAAACUAAGAGUGUAAACAUCAUAGUGGGACAUUUUAAUAUUUUUAUCAUCGCUAUGUUCUUGAAUAUAGUCAUAGUUAAUAUUGAUUUAAAAAUAGUUUAAACAGAAGGUUUUUAUGUCUUUUUGUAAUAAUAUUCUUGUCUUUGCAAUUCUCUUAGGUGUAUUAUAAAAUCUUAAGACUAAUGGUGCAAGACAAUCUGGUAAACAAAGAUUGUAAGACGAAGUUAGUUUUACGUUAGUGUAAUAAUAGUGGCUAUAGAACUUAGGUAAUGCAUAUGAUAAUUAUAUUUAAAAAAAUUAUAAUUCCUACUAAAUAACUUCUUAUUAUAUCAUCAAUAAUACACUAAUUAUUAUGGUGUUUUAGUAAUAGAUAGGUCAUGCACAUUGAUAACCUUUAAAAGUAUUCCUGUAAUCAUUAAAAACCAAAGUGGUGUAAGUCACUUCCAUGCAUUAUUUAACAGAUAUUAAAAUCGUCAUUGUAGUUAAAAAUGGCUGAAAAGUUACAUCCAUAUAUUAUAGACAUAAAUAUAUAAUAUUUAAGUGGUACAUUAGGUCUUAGAAUUUACAUUAACCAAUCUUAUAAAACCUUAUGUAUCUCAAAACAGGUAAAAUGUGACUUACACCACUUUGGCUUUAACCGGCUCAUAAUAUAAUAGUAUUAAAACAUCUGUAAUGUAUGAAUCUGUUACGAAACUGGUGUAGCAACAUGUAAUUGUAAAGAACAGUUAUUUGAAAGUAAACAUUUACUUAUAAUUAUAAUGUGUCCUGGCAAUGGUGACAAUACACUUUCACAAAGACAUACAAGUACACUUGGCCAACACUGUGAAGCAUAACACUUGAUUCUUACACAUAAAUAUACAGUGGACAACUGAUCAUGGUAUUUGCCAUAGACAAAUUCAUGUACUAAAAUUACACUUUUGGUUUGUUGGUGGUCAAACAAAUGUAAUUAUGUUAUCAAUACGUUUAUUCUUUUAAUUAAAAAUAUAUAUUUGAGUGUUCUACGGGCACUUAGUAUUCCUCAAGUCAAAACAUUACAUUCUCAUCAUUGUUAUUGUUAUCAUCAAUAAAACUAGCUAUUUAUACUCAGUUACAUAUCAAAAGAUAAAAGGGACCUCGGGACAUGGAACUUUAAGUAGCUAACAACUAAAUUUGACAAAGUUAUUCAGUCACUUCAGUAAUCAUAGCAAGGAAAUAAAAUACAUUAUUAGUUAUUACGAUAGUACUAAAAUUAUAGUUACUAAUUCAUUUAACAAACAUUUUAAGUAGGAUUUCGUGUAUGUGAGGUAACAUGUGGCGAUUGAUUUGCUCAGUGAAAAAGUAAUCAAUUAAAAAUAGUUUUAUGUCAUAGUACAAGCAAAUAUUAAUUAAUGUAUCACUAUUCAGUAUAUCAAAGAAACAGAAAGAUACGACGGUUCGGGUGAAACUUGGGAGGGAUGAACCAACCUCUUUCAGCAGUCAAUCUAGCUAUGACUGCAUCGAUGACCUCUCAGAAUUCUGGCCUUACUCCUGCGUUACUGGAUCUGCGACGGCCGACGUCGUUGACAUCCUUCUCCUGGUAUACAUCUCUGGUACUGCUGGUAGUUCCUUCCCGUGGUGGACCGGUAAAGAUUCUUCUUAGUUCAGGGAAUAAUUUGGUUUUCUCGUAUUAUGCUAAUCAAUGCUGCCUGGUGAAAUAGUAAUUCUUGAUGUCUUGAUUAAAUAGGUUUCUACCUCUUCAAAUAACUGUGUAGUGCCGUAUACUUCUUGGAAUAGAUUACUAUUAUUUUAAUAUAUCAAUAAAUUUCCCACUUUUGAUUGCUUCCACUAUUUUAUUAAAAAUAUUCUUGAUGUAUAAUUGUCUUUUUGGCCGGAGCUAUUUGCGUCGUGUACCUACUUCUCGUAUGGCCGUAGAUCAAAAACUAAACUUGGAAGAUUUCAAACUUUGUCAAUCGUUGAUUUCAACUAUCUCAAAGAUAUAUCAUUAAAAUCUUUAGUAGAGUAAAUGUGCGAUACGAUUCAUAGCCUAACUGCCAAUCACAAUCAAAUUCUCAAGCGUUCAAGUAUAGGGGCCCAUUUCAAUUCAUAACUAAUGGCAUAAUAUUAAGAAUUAUUUACACACUCAUAUAAGCAUGUAUGAGCAUAAACUAUUUAUUUCAUCGUAUGUUCUUAAGGUUCUCAUAUGUUCUUCGGAAAAAAACUUACUUAACGUAGACCUGUGUAUUACGUUAACUACUUGAAGGUGGGUCAGAAACAAGCCAUGCACUCAUGUCUCGUUGAAGACACACUCCACAAUGGUGAACAAGGCAGGUCUUCCACAAAUUUGUUAUUCUUUCAAAUGUGAUAAACAACUGCCUACAAUAAUUCUAAGCGUUAUAACAAUAUCAAAAACAAAAUGAUUUUUCCAAAUGAAUGAGAAGUACAUCACAAAUUUAGGUACGUUAUUUAGCCACAUUUUUCAAAACUUCGAAUCAUAAUUACUGUCAACGAACUUGACAACGAACCAUUACUGCAAUGUAAGGGGAAAAUCAAAUUUAUUUACAAUUACCAUACAUACGUUUUAAGCACAACUUGUCAGUGACGUCAUUAUAAUAUUUCCUCUUUUGUUUGCUGACUCUUUUUCAUGACCUCAGUUUUCUUCUCUUCUGAAACUGCUACACUGUCUGGCUCUCGUAUUUUCAAACUUCUGGUGUGACGCGGAUCUACCAACUCUGGAAGCAUGCACUCGUAAAAAAAUCUUGUUAAAUAUGGCUCCAUUUCUUUCUUCCAAAAGUGGUCAUCCUUUUCUACUCUCAUGACUUUAAUUUUCUUCCUCUCAGAAGUCCACACAGCAAAAAGACAGUACUUUCUUUCUGAAAUGUGCAGCUGACCUUCCACUUGAUAGAAGUAGGCAUGUGUUUUAGUCAUACCAGUUUCCUCAGUUUUCUGCUUGUUACAUGUUAGAUAUUUAAUUUUGCCAUAAAAAACUGCUGCGUCGGCAUCCAUUCCGAAAGCAGUAAGUGGACACUUUAUUUCCACCAGUCCAUCAUCUCCUAUCAAACCAUCAGGACUCGCACCUAAGAAUGGCAACUGAGAGUCUAUGAAUAAGCCACAUUUUGUUAUGAUAAUGUUUUCUUGAUGUUCAAGCUGCUGUAUUGCUAUCAGUUCUGAAUUUCUACCAUGAGAAUGUGAUGGAACAUUUAGGAUGCUGCUGGAAUAAAUCAGGCUUUUGACCAAAUUUUGACAGCUGGUUGUGGGACGCCGACGACAUAUUCUGCCAAAGUUGGAAGCUGUAAGCAUUUUUCUUCUUAGUUCAAGCCACUGGCCACUUCCUGCUUGAAGAAGUGUCGCUCUUUCAAUUUCCUUGCACUCAUCUUCUGUUUUUUGAUAGGACUGCAGGAUUCGUUCUCGUUCUUCAGCGAAUUCUUUAGAAGAAAAAUCGGGUUUUUCACAAUUGGGACCGUAGUCUUUGCUACUACUGUUGAUACCAAUGCCUUUCUUUAAAAUGAUGUCAUUUGCUUUCCUACAUUUUUUUCUCUUAUUUUCUUCUCGGUUUCGGUUGGCCAACCUUUUCAAUUCCAGACGUUUCACAAACUUGUUUGGACUAUGAUUAUUGCACAUAGUUUUUAUGUAGAUGCGAGUGAUGUUUCUUUGUGUUGUGUGCGACAACAGCUGCGGCACAUCGUCCUUGGUACGAUCUUCUCAGGCAGUAAUUAAUGCGCUUUCCUCCAACAAACUUGGCUACAAUCGCAUUGAAUUGCUCAACUAUGUUACUGUCGACAUCAUAGAUUAAACUUCUGGAAUGAUUUCCCAGAUAGUUUACUGCCUUCAUGAUAUGAUCAUACAUCCCACAAUUUUUCAAUUCUGGUACCAUGUUUUUUUCGCCAUCUUUAGUCCCAGAGAAAAAGUAAGUGGCACAGUUUGCGUGAUCACCAAAUACAUUAUUUGGCCCAUUUAAAAUAUCAUUCUUGAGAGCUGCAAUUUUGUCAAGGUCCGCCUGUUUUUCCUUUUUCCUAUAUUUAAUAGCUUCGGUGAUGGCCCCUCACAGUUUCAAUAUCUUACUUCGUACAUUUUUUCUGAGUGUUGGUUUAGCCAUUUUUGCCUGCUCGCACAGUACUUUCAAUUUAUUGCUGUAAUUCCUCAGGAGGUGAUUACGGCAUUAAAUUUGUUCUACUGUGAUCUUUGCAUAGGGUCUAGCUUCCAGAAUUUUUUUGUAGCAACUGCUGUCUCCAUCGGCUAUCAGCUUACCAAAUAUAACACCAUAUACAGUUUCACUUUUGUUUAAAUCCAUCUACGAUAUUACUUGCUUCCAUACUUGCUGAGCUGCCAGUCCAGGUUUUGUAGCAGGUGUGGGCAGGAAUCUCUCCAUCAAGACUUCUACACAGACAAAGCAAAACUUGUUUCUAACUCCCAUAAACAGAACCUUUUUUGUAGAAUACCCCACUAUUGCUGCAACACCAGAAAGAGCAUUGUAUUGACAUCUAUAGGAACGUUUUGACCAGCAACCAUCUGCUGCAACAGUUAAAAUAUGAGUACCAUCUGCACUCACAUCUCCUCUCUCUACUGCUAAAGCUGCUUCUUCUCGUAUUGCCUUCUCCAUUUCUUGUAGAGCAGCUUUCUCCCACGCAUUACAUAUUUUGUUGUGAACCUUGGUAUAAGUUUUCGAUGACAUUACAGGAAUACCUAUAGAUGAGCAAAACUCUUCUAUAUGCGAAUGACCUCCGCCUAUACUCAUCAUCCCAGCAACGGCUCUUGAAUUUACAUCUAAAUGUGUCUUGGCUUUAACUGGAUCCUCUGUACGUAAAGUGAAUUUCUGAUUACACAUUUUACAAUACAUUACAAAAGUAGGGGACAAACCAUUGGGGAUUUCUUUAUGAACAUUCAUAUUGCGCAAAGAACAUCCACAGUCUGGAUUGUGAUUUGAGAUUUCAGUGAUUCUUUUCAGGAAGUAUUCUAUUUCUACCAUUCUAACUCCAUGAAGAGUAAUUGUUACUGUAUCUGUUCCUGAUCUACAAGAGCAUUCAUUUUCUAUUACAAGAGGCUCGUCAUCACAUUUGUAAAAAACGUCUUUUGCAUUGUCUUUUUCAGGCAUCUCAAUAAGAAUAUGUUUUUCAUUAUUUUCCCCAAAGUCAUUAUUAAUUUCGAGAAAUUCGACCUCAGGUAUCUCGUUCUGUAGAUUGUAACACGAUUCUAGCAUCUGAAAGUAAAAUAAAGUCCUGAAUAAGAUAACAUCAUUAAAAUUAUGUCUAUUCUGCAUUUAGUAUUACAUAAAGAAUGGGAGAAACCUUUAUCAAUGAAUACUAAUAUUUGUGAGGACUGUAAAAUUCCGAAUAUACCAUCAGAAUGGACGGAAAUUUAUUACACCAUUACGAAGGACAAAACUUGGAGAUUGAUCUUCACAAAGAAAAAUAUUUACCAUGCAAGCUACACAUCAUAUUUCACUGUUCGAAGGACACAUUGUGCUUCUAUUUAUUUAAGUAUCUACUAUAAAGUUUUUAUUGUAUUAUCGUAUAAUUCUAUCAGUAAAAUACAUAUGAUCUGAAUAUAGAACUCAACAUGUUUGUCUCUUCUAACACAAAUUACUCCAGAAAAUCUCCAGAAAUCUAUCUCAGACAGAAAAAAAAUCUGACCAUACCUUUGAAAGCAAAUACCAUGACAUAUAAUAAUACUGUUAUGAAAAUAUUGCAUGAAGUUAAGUUCUUGGCCAUUACCGAACCGACCCAAAAUUAUGAGGCACCUCAGUGUUCCACAUUGUUUAUAGCCAAAGUUAGUUUAGGGACUUCUUUUUUCUCAAAUAAUAGAAAGAGAAUAAUUUUACUUAUAUUACAAUUCUGAGUGUUCUUACUGCUGAUAAGACCUAAAUUAGCAUCUUCAGAAAUAUUAGGGACAAAUAGCCUAUGUAUCGUUUACUUAGGAGCCAGAUCCUUUUACCUAUUUGAAUGGUGGUUUUCAAAAAAAAAUGUAUGGCACGAUAUGUGGUUCAAUUUUCACAAAGAACUUCACAAAACAAAUUUAAAAUUCACCUGCUAUGGCUUGUAUUCAUUUGAGGAGGUGGAGCUGGAAUUAUCUGUAUAUGCUAUUAUUCUCUUUAUAAACAUAGGUAUAUAUUAUUAAAUACUUAGAAACUCCCUACAGCCAAUGGUUAACACCUUAUACUACUUUCAUUCAUAUUAAGCCUUACACUGAACCUAGAAAACUGAACUGAACACCGAAACUAGAAAUCUUUUAUGUUUUAUAAAAUGGCAUUUCAAGUAUGCCUAAUUUGUAUCUUAUUUUGAGCAAUUAUUUAAUAUUAAAGACAUGGGACAUCAUGGGUUCAUUGACCUUAGACGAGGAACCAUUGUGAAAAUAACAAGAGCUGAGUGUUGUAUUUUGAAAUAUAGUUUGUAACCAUGUUGAUAACACAAUUUGUAAUACAAAAAACAACGUCCAAGGUUACUAAAUGUUACAUUUGACGCAAACAAUAAAUUAGCGCAAACACUGAAUGUGCCUUAUUCCUAGGUUUUUAAUAUGAUAGGUAUAAAAGGUUUUCAUUUUUGCACAUACAUAAGUUUGCACAAACCAUUUCAACUGUUUGUGGAGGUAAAAUUACAGUAUGGUAUAAAACAGUCUCAAACUCUCCAGUAGGUCAUUCCAAGAUGACUAGGCCGUACAAAUGAAGGAAUUAUUUGUCAAUUUUCGUAGAUAAUUGAAGACUUAACAUUUUAGUUAGGGGCUAAGUACCAAAAAGGAACUUUCGAGAUAACAGAAGAAAAAAAACCGUAUGCUACAUCUUUAUAAGCUUUUUGGAAAGUAGUAAAUAGUAGUAAAAAAGGAGUAAACACUUACAUUAAACUUGUGUAAAGAAAAGUAAGAUUCCGAAAAAAAUAUGUUGAAUGCUAAAUUAAUUGAAUGUUAAGGCGAUUUAAACAAAUGAUGUUUCAAUUUCCACCGAAAAUAGUAACCGUGUGGACAUUAAAGACAUUCUCUUUAACGAAGUAAUACAUGAUAUAACAAAAUAUGUAUACCAACAAAACUAAAAUAUAAUUUAAUUGAAGAAUUUGCUAUGUCCACUUUAACUGUUUUAGGCCUAUUAUAAUAGAGCAUCAUCAGGGCAUAGAGCAUUUUACAUUUGUAAUAUAUUUAACCAAAUAAUGCUUAACCUAUAACAUAGCCGUUAUGCCAAUAAAAAAAAGUUAACUGAAGAAUUAAUUUAUGCCACAUAUUAAUAUUCUUUUACGUUGUAUGCAGUGUGUUCAUACCAAACAUCAGUACAUUUAGAGUUAAUUAGACAUACCUCUUUCCUUGUGUUUUCAGAGGUUUCUGCAAACUGCGUUACAUGAAAAUCUAUUUUGUUUGGCAACACAAUCGUUUCUUCAGCACAGCGUUCUACGUUCACAAAUUAACUUCCACCGUCUUCCACAAAAGAAGAAAUGGAAAAAAUAAGUCAUGUGGUGGCACAGGCUGUAGAACAGUGUAUGUUACGACCUGUGACGACCUAAACAUAAAAAAAAAGUAAAUUAUUUUUGAAAUACUUACGUAGUAGGAAGUAGCUAGUAAAAUGAGGUGAUUUUUUAAUCUGCAGCCUCUAUAAGCCCAAAGCUAUUUUUGGGGGGAAGGGGUGUUAAAGGAAAUAAGAAAAAUGGGGAAAAAUUAGAAAAGAUUUGAUGGCAAUGGAGAUUUGAAAGGAAAUAAGCAAAUUUUGAGCGAAAAGCCACAUUUCAACGUGAAUACCAAACUUUGAAUGUUCUGUCAUCAUCCUAAGUCCAAAACCUGCUAACGUCUGCAACUCGCGAUAUCUGUCUUUCAAGAAAUGUUUCAAAGAGUUCUUUAUCCUCUUUUUUUUCUUCAAUUUUUUUCCACGUCAGAUUCAUGAAAAAAACUAGUAAAAAACUAGUAAUCUGAGUUAUUUCAAGUAGUAUACUGGGCAAUAAGUGUUACACAUAUUUCUGAAUUCCAGACUGCCUCAGCGUUAAAAUAGAAUAACAUUAAAAUACUUCAUUUCAGUGAAAGAUAUAUAUGGUCACAGUCGACUAAAACUAGUAUUGCCAGAUAAAUGUAUACUAUAUCUGACCAGUAUUAAUCGCAAAUUUAUAAAGUCUAAUAAUUAAUAGCCUUAAAAUUGCAUUAUGGCUAUAGGUAGGUAAUAUUUACAGUAUAUUACUAACAUAAAAUAUACGCAUUUGUUCCCAAAAUGCAAUGUAAAGCUUCUCAAACAAAAUAUAUAAAUAUGAUUUCUUUUCGGUUGAGCUUUGAGAGGCAUCAAGAUACAAACAUUAAAUAUGAAGAUUACUGUGAGACCAAAUUUUGUGAAAUUUAUACGGCUUUAUUUUUAUGAAAUGCUUCAACUUAUAUAUCAUCCUGACGCCUGUGAAACAUAUGAAUUACAUAUUGCCAGAUUAAUAUUGGCCACAAUGUAGUCUUCCGAUUCAAUUCAAAUUUAUAUAUAUAUAUAUAUAUAUAUAUAAUCUUCACUUCAAGAAAUAACACGUCUUUCCUGUAAAUUUAGUACCAACCUCUAUAUAUAUUUCUCUCGAGUCGUCGCCGACCUAUUCAUCUGGCAGCGGUAGUGUCAUGGCACGGAGAUCCGUGCCCGAGGCCGGAAUCACUCGACCGGGAAUAGAACCCGUGUCCUCCCGAAUGCGCGUCCAUGUUACCAUUUCGCUUCCCCACUCGGUUUUUAGGAGCCCUCUCCCCGGUUCCCACGUCAUUGAGUAGGCCUACAAAGAAAUGUAGUAGCAUUUUUGCUUGAGUACUGACGGUUCACUAUGGUUGGGAUCGGUGCUGUCAACCAGUUCGCAGCUAGUAUCAGGAACUUGAGGUACCUCGGAGUUGUUUUCCGUUGGCAACAUUAAAUUUUUCGCAUUAUAUAAAAAUGGCUCAGUAGCAUUCAAACCUAGUUUUCACAUGUUGUUAAUCAGCCUUCAAGUAAUAUCCUUACGUAAAAUAUAACACUACUGACAGCCAUUGAAAUCUAACAAAUAAUUUUCUUAUAUAUUCUCAAUUGUUAAGUUUUCCUAAUUUAUAAGAAUUAACCAAUUACAAAUAUACAAUACUUACUGUGCUCGGGACUCCAAAAACUGAGUUCCUUUCCUUUUCUUGCGACGCGCAAAAAGGUGCAGUCUUUUCUUAUUCCCUUUUCUGUAGUCUGCAUCCAUAACAAAAUUUCUUCAGUUUUGCGUAUUCUCCUGACGAAGAUUCUUGAAUAGUAACGCAAUCCACAGAAGCGCGGGAAGAAGGCUGUGCAGUCGAGGAGACAGCUAGACCCGGUGGUCUGAGCGUGGUCGCUGCCUCCCCUACCACUCCAGCUCCCCACUCCUCGACCGCUAGCUCACCCCCACGCGCCCCCAAGGCCAUUCUUUCUUCCCACUAUCUCUCGCUGCCACGGCUUGCCACCGCGCGCGACUCUUUCCAAGGCUUCAAUUCAUAUAGAAGAAACGUUUUUCCUCAAAAGUUUCAGUGACGACUAUAGGUUUUAUACACAUCAAAAUGUUCGUAAUCGUAAUGCGCAUGUUUGUAUGGCAUUAUUUUCCUCUCAACAUUUCACAACAAAAACUUUUUUUCGUUUAAUUAAACACUGAAUAACUCGGUUGAAAAAAAUUAAAAUGCAAAAUCUCGUUCUAAUAAACACAGAUAAUAGUAUAAGUUUUUCAACUAUAUCUUUAGAAUAUUUUUCGAACCUCAGGUUUCGUGAUAAAAUGUUUUUUCCCGAAGGCCUGAAAAAUCAAUGGCUGACUAGAUCCAAAGGACCCUUAAAUGGUCGUCGUGACGUCACAAAUCCAAGAUGGCGAUUCGGCUUUGGCUCUAAACCCAGAACCCAAUUCUCGGAGCCCCUUUUCUAUACUACUUAAUGCUAUUUCUGAUAGUGGAAUUAAUUUUAUUGUUUACUAGCUGCCCGACUCAGAUUCACACGGCUAUCCUAAUGGAAAAAAAUUAAGCCACAUCUCCCAUUUACAGUAAUGGCAAAUAAAAAAAAUUCAGUGAAAAUUUAUUACAAUGCUGUAUAAUGUACCGGAGAGAAAAUAAAUAGCACCGAUGGUUUCCCGACUCGUGCACGCAACGUACAACUGAUGUACCCGUACUUCGCUACGACAGUCUACAGGCAGAUCACUCUUGCGCCGCUCAUUAUACAUGCCCCUCCUUGUGGGUACGCCACUGCCGCGCGAUGCCCGUUGCCAUGAAGACGCAGAAGGCAUGAACAAUGCAAAAUCCUGUUCUCAUGCAGACAAAUUAUCCACUGUUGCCUGGUUUUAACCACCCAUGGGAUCUAAUUUUCGGAAAAUGUCAUCCUGCGUAACAUAAGGAACAUUACUGUGAAGUUUCAAGUCUGUAAAAUAUAUAUACUUGAAAAAAAUGGCAAUUUAUGAUAUUUAAAGUACCCGCAAAAUUUAAACGGUGAUGAGGACUGCACUAACAAUGAAAUAGUCGUUAACUUCUAGCGACUGCGGCAUCGUCAACACACACUUCGUACGUGUACUGCAUGUUGUAUAUAACCCCCUCCAAAGCAUUUUAUUCGAAAUUGGACUUUUAGUAAUGAUCCCUAAUGUUAUUGAUAAUAUGAUAUAGCCUAUAGCCUUCCUCGUUAAAUGUACUAUCUAACACUGAAAUAAUUUUUCAAAUCGGACCAGUGGUUCCUGAGAUAAGCGCGUUCAAACAAACUCUUCAGCUUUAUAAUGUUAGUAUAGAUAUACAUUAGUUCGGAGUGACAAUUUGGAUUUACAACUAAUAUUAAAUAUAUUGUGAAUGAUGGACAUUUAGAAAAAUCUUUUAGAAAAAUCUUUCACAGUUAAUUUUCUGUUGAUGUUAAGUGAUUGUCAGCGUUUGAACUGGGACAUUCUGUAUAAGCAGGGCACCUAGUUCACUUGCAGUCUUUCCAAUGCGAUGCGAGCGGCAGAUAUACUUUUGGCGAUGUCACUACAAUGUUGUUCAACAUAGCUGUCUUCAAAUUGUCUGACCAUCUACAUUAUGAAUACGUAUUGUCAUGAUAAAACCACGCAGAGAUUGUCACUAUCGGUCAUUUGAGCAAUAAAUAAAUCGACAUAGUAAUAAGCACGCGUAACUUUUUUUUAAGUGUCAUUCGUAGCUAGAACAGAUAGCAGAAUGUUCAGUAGUUUUCCAAUGAAGGAUUUGUUUCUGAAGCUCUCUUCGUCAGUUAAUUUUAUUAGGUACGUGUUAAAAUUACUUCUCUUGUAUAUGUGGCAGUGGCGUCUCGUCAGGGCAAGCAAGGCAAGCAGUGCUUGCCCAGGCAGUUUCCAGACAUUGUAUUUUUUAAAUAAAUAUUUUAUUCAGAAUAGUAUUUUACUUUGGCUCGUGCAGUUAGGUGUAUUUAUUUUUUACACUAUCUUCUUGGGACCCAAUACUGUACGCUGUGCGCUAUAAGAAAAUGACUCGUUGACACACAAAACAUGCUGUUUGAGAAGCGUUGCUAGGUUUAAAAGCGCUGGUAGGACCGCUUUCAGCAGGAAGGCUGCCGCAGUAGUUUCCUUUCGGAAGGGGGGUGGCAUGAUACAAAGGUUCGAGGAGGGGAUUGGCUGUAAAAAUACGUGUUAGAAGCUACGAAGGUAACGCUUUCUUGCCGAACUGAAGCGAACAUGGCCGAAGCAGACGGUGGAAUUCUUCCGCCGACUGCUUCGGCUAUGUCUGCUACAGUUCGGCACGGCAGGUGGCGAGGUGGCGUGUCAGGAAUGGAAUGAUUGACGUGCCAGUUUCUUGGUACACGUACCAGUUAACAGAGUUUCUGAUCACGUAUGAAGAUAAUUUCUUUUGUGUUGGUACGAAAAAUACCAAAAUUUAAUUUGUACUAUUCUAGUACAUUUUUAUGAGGUUCUUCUCUUUAUUUUAAGUACUUUGCCAUGUGUUAUCUGUUUAUAUAUUUUGUACCAGAUAUCGAUGAUACUACACUCCCACUUGGUGUAUAAAUAAUGUAGAGUAGGUAUUUUACUAUCAGAAUAAUGUAAGUUAAACAUUAUUACUUUUCAAAAAUAAUUUAUAAUUAAAAAAAUGUCAAUUUUUCUACCUGUGGAAUAGUCAAUGUUCAGUUAAGAAAAUUACUUAAAUAGCACCCUUUAGUACCUUGAAAUCCAUAUUUUCCCGGGGGAGGACCCCCGGAACCCCCUCCCCCCCCCCCCCCCCCAUGUUUUGGGGUGAACGGAGUUGUUGCUUCCCCUCAGGUAAACCUCACGCCUCGCUACUGAUAUGUGGGUUUAAACAUACUAUUUCAUACACACUGAAGUGAAGUAAUCUUAAUAUAUUAGUAUUUCCGCUGGUAAUAAGCGAGAACCACUUGGAACAGCUCGUCGACGUAACUGCCGGUCCCUCUCCUCGCCGCCCGAAGUCACCGAUGCAGACGUGGAGCGCUGCGCCGCUGGCAGAACUGUUCGCGGCCCGUGGGCGUUGCCGCGGCCAUGUAGGGGCUGUUCCUGUGGGCCGCAUGCACUCACAGUCCCAGCCACGCUGCGCGGAUGUCUCCACACUCUUAGUGUUGUGGACUGGUGAGAAACAACACAUUCCCGGCAGCAGAGAUGUAGGUGUAGUUGUAUUUGAGCUUCCCUUGUAUUGCCGUCCGCAAGCCCGUGCAUGUGAUUCAUGUCGGCUUUUACUGUUCUCUAAUAUGGCAAUGUAUCCAUCGAGUUGCGAACAUACGUUGUAUGAUGACUUGUGCUGGUGCCGUUGCGUUGUGUCGCCCCGUUCGUAUGUGCUACCACGAAUGUUGAAACAAUCUGUACAUGUCGGGUUGAACGGUCAGAGGCUAGUUUUGACCCCAUACAUCGUCAUGGAGAUAUAGCGUUGAGGUGACUGGGGCAGACUAGGCGGAGGUUCGUCGUGGCCUUCCCUAGCAUCUAGGUUAAGGGACUACACAAGCACCCAGGCGUGGAUACGGGUUGAAAUCGGUAUCUGUGGCUCGCCAACCAGUAGCCGUGGCCAUCACUGUCCGUGCUCGUACAUUGAAAUUUUCCAACGCAGUAAACAUGCACUCGCUAUAAAUAUUGUGUUCCGAAGAGAGAAUGUUCCGAAGCAACAUUUCGCCAUUUUAAAGAUGAAUGUUUGGAAAGGGGAUACUAUUUCAAAAGAGCUAGUAAAAGUACAUUACCGAUUAAUUAAUUGCUUGCGAAGAAAGUGUCUGUCAUCAUCAAAGGUAACGGAGAUGCCACAAAAUACUGAAGUAUUUGCUUGAUUGAUAUCCUCCCCCCCCCCCCCCAAGUGUACACACGAAAACUUAUGUUAAAUAUGAACAUGUAAUAAACAUGUAAAUUAUUUUCAGUUUGUGAGAGUAAAAUUUAAAACCAAUUUAUUUUGUUUAGCCCUUUUUUUUAUGUUUUACGAGAAGCUUAGAAUUAGGACGUAUUCGAAUGAAAAUAUAAAUGGGAUGUAUUUUCGCAGCCAUAAUUUUGUACUUUAUUUGCUCCACUGUUAAUUAUGUACAAUAAAGGUACAUACCUAAUAUAAUUUGUAAGAGUUCAAAUAGGAUAUUGUUUAGCUGCGCUAGUAGUAGCGUGAUUUGCAUCGUAAUUUGAAAUUUAAUACUGUGACACGUUUCCAGCGAUCAGCUUUGUAUUUUAAAUGUUUUUACUAUCCUGUGUAAUUAUUUGUUAUCUUACAACUGCAAAAAAAAAAUCGACUACAAAAUAAUUAGUAAGGCGUGAAAAAAAUAAUUUAAAAAAAACACCCACAUAGCAAAGUCUAGUAGUUAAGAUUUACACGCCAUUGUUUCUGUGUGCGGAACGUGAUUAGACACAAAUUAUAAACUUAAAUUUUUGAAGUUAUACUUCUAAUGCGACUUCCAAAAAGGUUGCGUUAAACGUUUAACGCUCCUGGGGAGGAGGAAUAGAAAGAGAGAGCGAGAGUGAAUGCUAUUGUAAGGAACUAAGUAGAGAUUAAGAAAAAAAAAUAAAGAUCCUGACAGUUUGUAGUGUCGCCAUAUUUGUCUCAAUUUUCAAUACCCUUUUUGUAUAUUACAUUUUAAAUUGCAGAAAAAAAUCAUGUUUCAUAGACACAUAAAUAGUGAGUGUGUGUCAUUUCUCUAUGUCCACGAGGUCUCGCCGCGUCAAUUUUCUCUUUGGGGCGAACCCGU